UAUGAGCGUGCACCCGAAUCGAAAAUUUGCUUCGAUCAGUCGUUUAGUUGGUGCGGACAGAAGAACCAAGAUGGCUUUCGGUGACUAUCCGGCAGAGUACAACCCCAAAGUUCACGGGCCGUACGAUCCAGCCCGUUACUACGGUAAACCGGACACCCCGUUCGGACAGGUGAAGCUAAGCGAACUCGGCUCCUGGUUUGGGCGCCGCGAUAAGAACCCCAAGGCCGCAGCCGGGGCCGUCAGUCGCGCCUUCUGGCGAUGGCAACACAAGUACUGGCAGCCAAAGCGGAUGGGAAUCGCUCCGUUUUUCCAGGUCAUCGUUGGAGGAAUGGUCUUCUUCUACACCAUUAACUACGGUAAGCUGAAGCACCAUCGCAACUACAAGUACCAUUAAGCAAGAAGGAACGGAACACGGGAAUAGGCCAGUGAAUGUGGAUGCUGAGAAGUCGAUGUGUUAUGUAAGAUCAAGAACGGCACGGCCUUCCGGAAGGCAUUUCCGAUUCAAAACGUGCUUGGUGAAGUCGAUGUUGGCCAUAAUUGAAAACGAACGAAUUCCCGAAAAGUUAGAUGAAACAUUAUGUAACUGGUGAAAAUAAAAAAAAGUGCAAAUUUCAAUAGAGAAA